CCCCCCCCCUCACUGAUGGACCGGGCACGAUCCAGACCCGCUCGCUGCCUCACUGCGGCGGGCCGGCGAGGACCUGAAUGCUGAUUACCGCUGAGCGACAAAGGACGCGGGGGAACCGGGAGGAGAUGAACCGCUUCCCGAGAGAAGCGGAGAGCGGAGCGCUGCUGCCGGACCGCAGGGACCACACAGCCUCUCCCUUCUUCACCUCCUCCUCCUCCUCCGGCGCCGCGGCCCUGCCCUCGUUCCAGACCCGGGGACCUGUCGGCGGCGGGUCGGAGCCGAGGAGAUCCGCGCUGAAACGCAGCCGAGCCGCUCGGGAGGGACGGGCGGUACCGGGAGAGGAGGAGGUGGAGGAGGAGGAGGAGGAGGAGGAGGAGGCGAGCGGCGCAGUCGGUGAGCAGCUUCAGCACCAGGGUCGGUGGGCUCAAGGACGCAGCGUCGGUGGAGACGCUGCGGAGAUGCUUUCAGCGGUCAGCAGGGACGCGGACGGCGGCUUCAUCAUCAUCAACAACAACAAAAACAACAACAACAACAACAACAACGAUGACGACGACAACGACGACGCCGAAGUGGCCUCUGCUGCGACGUGCGCCAAAGGCAGAGAGGAGAGGAAGGGGAAGAACGCGAUCCGGGGCUGGAAGCGGGACCGGGACAGGGAUCGGGACGCCUGGGCCGCACCUCCUCCCGCCCGGACGAGGAAAGAGAGGUCCGGCGAUGGCUCGUCUCCUCCUCCUCCUCCUCCUCCUCCUCCUCCUCUUCCUCCUCCCCAUCCCUCCUCCGCCUUCCUCCCGCCGUGCGCACUGCCCGAGCAUCCUCUCUGCUUUACCGGCGCCGGAGUCUGCCGCUGCGCCGCGCCGGAGCCCCGGAUCCCGGGAGAUAACGGCGGCAUUAACAGCGGCAGCAGCGGAGGAGGCGGCAGCAGCGCGCUGGAUUGUGGACCUAAAAGCGGCGGCGGCGCUAUUGUUGUCAGGCGGCAGCAUGACGACACGCCGGCGGCCAAGAAGCACCGAGGGGCCGAGAAGGUGGACCCCAUGUUCAUGGUUCCGACAGCCCCCGCUCCAGGCCACCCAGGGGCCCCCGGGCCCUCCCUGCCCUUGGCCCCUCCUUUCUCCCCUCCGGCUCUGCCCGCCUGCAGCCCCAAGCAGCUGCUGGUGAGGACGAGGUCCGUGGGCACCAACACCCAGGACGGGGGGAGCGUACCGGGGGGGCCUGAGGGCGAGUCGGCCUGUCUGGGACCCUGCCAGCCCGGGACCAGCGUAAACCUGGAGGGCAUCGUCUGGCACGAGACAGAGGAGGGUGUGCUGGUGGUCAACGUGACCUGGCGGAAGAGAACCUACGUGGGAACCCUGUUGGACUGCACCAAACACGACUGGGCUCCUCCGAGGUUUUGCGAGUCUCCCUCCAGCGACCCAGAGUUGCCCGGUGGGCGUGGCCGGGGCAAACGGAUGCGGAUGGGCAUGUCCGAGCGACCCUGCGUAGAUCCGGCCCCAGCAGCCAAGGUCAGAGGUCUGUCGCAGCACAGGAGCCGUGGAGGUGGUGUGGCCGGAACCGCCGCGCCCAUCCACAGCAAGGGACGCAGAGGCAGCCUGAACCUCAUCAACAGCAACUGCAGAGCCCCUCCUUUCUUCACCGUAGAGGAGGUGAAACCCACCAACGUCUCACCUCUCUCGUCCGCGAAGCGGAAGAACAAGCCACCCGCUGACCUGGACCUCAGCCUGGUCACCUCUGACGACGUCAAAAACGGUAACGGGAAGAGGAUCCGAGCCAAAUCCCGCAGCGCCCCGUCAACGCCGCAGGGAAAAUCCGACCCCUCGUUCAUGGACCCCGCCGGCUGCGCCUCCUCGCCUCCUCCCCCGCCCAUCCUCAUCGACUGCCCCCACCCUAACUGCACUAAACGUUACAAGCACAUCAACGGCCUGCGCUACCACCAAACGCACGCACACCUGGAGGCCGAGGAGCAGAGGAAGCCUGAGUUGGAGCCCAUGAAGGACGGGGAGGGCGAGGAUCGUCUUUCAGACUGCGAGGACUCCAUCGGCAGCAUGUCGUACGACCUCUCAGAAGCGAACAGUUCCUCCAAGAAACCAGCUCCUCUGUACAAGGUGACCACGGUGGGAUCUCCUAAGAACAGAAGGCUGCUCCUCAGCACCGACCACAGCGCCUCAGUCAACACCAAGACCAGAAGAACCUCACUGCUGAAAGACGGGCUGAUCGACGACCUUAGCAACCUGCCCAUCAUCUCCAACAUGACUGUGGUCCUGGAGAACUGCAUGGUCCCAGACAGGAAUUCCACGGUGGAAAUGCCCAAGCUGGAGGCCGAAGGCUUGAUCGAUAAAAAGGGCGGCGUGUGCGACAAGGGCAAGAAGGCCAAUGGGAAGUUGGAGAAGCUGUCCAAGUCACGGGCCAACCGACCGAUUGCUCCGGCCCCCGCGCCCCCAAAGCUGAUCGCCAUACCCAACACGACGUAUCCGACCAGCACAGCCGACACCGCCACCUCACAGCAGAACUCACCUAUGGCAGCCGCGGGCCUCACCAGUAAGAACCUUCCCCUAAAACCCAUCAAACCAAAGCAGAGCAUGGUUAUGGAACCGAGCCUCCUGAAAGCCACCAUGAUCACCUGUAACAAGGAGACCAGGAAGAAAGAGAAACGGAGGCUGAAGGACAAACACAACAAAGACGCACAAAUCAGGACGCCUAACGGCGAUAGCGGUGGAAUCAAAAUGGAAGAUGGUUGUGGUUCCAAAAUGUGUGUCAAGGAAAUUUCCGGAAGCCUUCUGAAGGAGCACCUCAGCAAGCAGGAUGUGAUUAAUGGGCUCACAGAGAGUCAGGAGAGCAGGAUGGCCAGUAUCCGAGCCGAGGCGGACAAGGUGUACACCUUCACCGACAACGCUCCCAGCCCCUCUAUCGGAAGCUCAUCGAGGCUCGACCCCGGUGGCGGUUGCCUGGCAACAGACAGCAAGAACAACAGCCCCGCCUACUCAGACAUCUCAGACGCCGGGGACGACGGGGGAUCCUCAGAAUGUCGCUCAGAUGGAAUCCGAUCCAAGUCCGCCUCCUCGGCCUCUUCGGAGGCAAGCUCUAGUAGCCACAGUAACUCCGGUAAAACCCCGCCCACUGCGUCUGCCCCGCCGCCAAAAGACUCCCAAUCCCCGUACUUCCACGGCUACGAGCCCUACUACCUGCAGGGGUACAUGCAGUCAGACAGUCAGAACAGCAACGGCGUCGCCUUCCAUAAAAGCUCCGGCCUCGACUGCAAAAGCAAAGACAGGAAGGAGGAAGCGAGAGAGGAUGACGGAAUGUCCCCCCGCGAGUUCGCCGAUUUGAAAAAAGGCGACGGGCCGCCUCAGUCUCAGCUGCAGCUGGCCAUGAGCCAGACCCAGACCGCCUUGGCUCAGUCGCUGUACUACGGCCAGUACUCCAGGGGCCUGUAUAUGGACCAGAAACUGUUGCUGGCCUCAAAGUGCUGCGACCAGACGCAUGGCGUCAAGCAGAGGGGCGAGAGGGGACAGGGGCUGAGGGACGGUGAGGAUGACAGACACGCAGUCGGGGGUUCGACGAGCGUACCUGUGCUGGGAAAGGGUCUGGACGGCGCCAAAGGAUGCUGUCCCAAACCCGCCCUGUCCUACGUGGAAAUGAGCGAGAGGGGGGAAAGGGGGCUGGGUCUAGGCGGGAAGUCGGCCCACCGUGGCGUGCUAGACCAGCACCAGGUCUCGAUGAAAGACUGCGACGACAUCAAGUCGCCUUCCUCUUCCACUUCUUCGUCCCUCCACCACACAAACAGUCAGACAGAUCUGGACUCAAAUGUUUCCUAUUCCAGUCCCCCAGACGGACUGGCCUGGGCCCACUGCCUCGCUCACAGCAAGUACUCUGAGCUACGUCACGGGGAAGAGGCCGAGGAGGGGGAGGUGGACAGGGGGAGAGAGUGGGAUGCUACCGUGGAGCCUGCUGGGGCCAAGAUGACCGGAGGAGGAGGUGGAGGUGGAGGAGGAAGAGGAGACGCUAAAAAAGCCAGGGUCCACGAACUCCCGCCCGCCAUCGACGUGGAUGAUCCAGACGGACUGGACGGGCUGGAGGAUCCAGACCAGGAGCCGAUAGGGUCGCUGGAUGAGGAGCCCCAGAACGCCCGGGCGGCUGUGUCUCCUCCCGUGACCCCCCAGCAGCCCUACGUCCAGUACCAGCACUCCUCCUACCAGCCUUACCUGGCCAUGUGCGAGAGCAGCGGGGGCUCAUACAGAGGGGCGUCACCCACCCUGGUCCACAACUACCCUGGUUUCCACUACCCUCUGUACGGAAAGACGGCGGGCAGGGAGGAGUCGGAGGUGACUCCGCCCAGCAGAGGAGGAGCGGCGGGGGGCCAGCAGAGGGGAGACCCGUCCUCGUCCUCGGCCAUGGAGCUGCUGCAGCCGCAGAGCCACCAGUUCCAUGGGAAAUCCCCCUCUCCCGGCGAGAAGGGUUCCCCAGAGGGAGAGAGAGAGACGGAGCGAGAGAGGAACCACCUUUCGUUUGCCCGACACCUCCACACACACCACCACACACACCUGGGCAUGAGCUACAACCUGAUGUCAGGACAGUACGACAUCUACCAAGGGCUGAGCUCCCGCUCGCUGGUCUCCAGUCAGCAGGUGGCGGCUCACUCCUCUGCUGAUGGCGAAGGGAAGUAGGACCAUGUGAGAGACAGCGUCUCACAUGAGGAACGGCAGAUUUAUCAGACAUCGUUUCAAUGGUCUUUAAUAAGCUUCGCCUCGCUGAGAGGCAGAAAGGUCCAACAAUAGAGAAGUCGCCCAUGAACAACCCCCCCUUUUAUAUCACGCCGUGGAGGGAAGCUACGGACGGACGGCGAGCGGGGUCCAGGGGAUUUUACAACUCAACGUCCCAGAAUGCCGUGCGUCAGCACAGCUGUGACGGUCAACUUUAUAAAGAAAAAAUAAAUGCACAUUUCCGAUGACGAAGUGACUGAAUGUACUGAAGAAGACUCUCCCGAAGGAGUCCAUCUCGUUUUCCUAAAAUCGUCCGAACCGGACGCGGCAUUACGAAGCUGAAGAGUAACUAUUCUACUUCUUGUUCCCAUUCUGAUUACCCGAGUGGUCCUCCUCCUCCUCCCGUAGUGCUGACGCUGCAUUUGUGUUGCUAAGCUGUACUUGAGCGUAACCAUGUUGAUUGUAUCGUCUUUCUGUGAGAGUGCACCGUCACAUGCACCACGUGGUGUAGAUAUUCUGUACAGAUUCAUGGCGGAGCGCGAACACCUCGCCUUUACUCGCCUCUUAAGUUGCCCCGCCAUGUAGCACAUGACCCGCUUGCUCCUCGGAUUUCUCCUCGGCCCACUUUCACCCGCCGUGGUGAGGUGGGUCCGAACCAGGCCGGGACGCGCUCAUACGUGAGUCGGCAUUUACACACUCAACUCUGCUCGCUUCAAAUUCACUGCUUUUGCUUUCUUCUUCGCGUCCAAACAAAGAUGGAAACUGGAAGCAGCUCGUUUGCAUGUUUUCAUUCCAUGUUGAAGGCUCACCUGGCGUCAGAUCGAUCAAACACCAGAACAAACAAUAUAAUAGAGAACAAAAGAGCGCGUGAGGUGGUUGGACAUACGACAAUCGGCAAAGAUCUAUAAGGUGUCUAUCUAUGAGGUUGGACCUGGAGCCAGGUGAGCCAACGGGACGCUGGUGAGUGACAGCUGUUUGUGCUUCUAUGUGAAGGACGGCUCCAGUGCUCCCACGCUUCCCUUCUACAAGCCAACCAGCUCACCGCCGAGCUGCUGAUGGACAGGAAGGUCAGGCUUUGUUACACAGGCAUAGAGGACGCUUACUAAAGUGCUUAAAGGAACGGUGUGUGUGUCAUUAAUGGAAUAUAAAGACUUCCAGGUGGUUGCAGUCUUCAACGUCUCCAGUAGAUGGCGAUAAAUACGACACACUGCACCUUUAAGUACACAUUUAAAGGUACAGGCUCCACCACAUCUCUGAGGGGAAUGUUGUACUUUUACUUAACUGUAUUUAACAACUGUGAUUGAUUUAAAGAUUUACAUUAAUAUGAAACAAAUCAACUCUGAUGUGUUAUUGUGGAUGAAUACAAAACUACAGCUUUGCAGAUGUUAACAGGUUAACAUGUGUAUGAAGUCAUUGAACUUUAACUAGCUGCAACGUUAUAGCAGUGAAAACAUGGAUGCAUCAUAUUUAGAUUUCAGUUAUAUUUAUAAUUCAGUUACAUAAUAUAUAUUUAUUUUUUUGCAAUCUUCUUCAAUUCAGACUUGAGUUGUAAUUCUGAGCUGUAGAUCUCACUAAAUUAUUCUUUCACACACAAAAUGGUGUCAAAUUGGCUGCAAACAUCCAAAACAAAAGCAUAGUAUAGCUAAUUCAAGGUAUUAACGAUCAUAAAAGUUGCUUAUAUUGGCUCAAUUUAAGUGUUUUAAAUUAAAUUGUAUCUGUAUUGAUGCGACACCAUAACUAGCAUUAAUAAAAGCAAAAAUAAUAACAAUCCUUCUGUAUCUAUAAAGAACAUUUACAAGACUUGUCCAAACUGCUGUACUCUUUACAUAUAUUUAAAAAAACAUGAACGACCUCAAAGUUUAAACACAGAGGACACGGAGUAAAGCGUGUCUUGGUCUCCGUGUGGACCCACGUGGUGGAAACCUGAAGGUGUGAAUCAGCGGCUCUGCAGACCACACCUCACCUGCAUAGUGUCCGUGCUCAUUCCCCUUCUUGAAUAUAGUGCUAUAUGAACUCCGUUUACGAGCCGCUGUCGUCUCCAUGGAGACGCAGCCCCGUCUUAUAAAGGCUGCUUGGUGUGUGUUCAGUUUUAACCCGCCCAGCGUCUCCUGGUAACAACUCACUGAAAUCAGAUUAACAUGAAAAACUGCUGUUGCUUUUUUAUACUGUAUAUGCCUUAAUUCAUAUGUUUGGCAAUCAUGAUUAAAGGAUGUUUUAUAUAAUUAA